GCACCGCGCACAGAGAAGACCCGUUUAACGAACCUCUCGACCGCUGUAAUGAAUGUCCUCGCGCAUCUAUAGAGAUAAAGUAAAGCUUUCAAACGGACCGAACGGGAUCAUUACGGCAUUAUGAACUUUUAACACCGGACACCUAGAAUCUACCAGGAGAUUAAGGUACAGACCAGCAGCUGCCAGCUUGGCGGGAGGAACAUUUCCUGGCCUGAAUGCGAACCGACUGCAGCUGGAGCAUGUCCACUGCAGGCUUGACUGCCCAGGAGAUCUGUUUACCCGCGCAAAGCCUUUUCCUGCGGGGCAGCCAUUGGCAUAGCAUGGCCGGAGCUAAGCCCUCUUGGAAAUACCAUGAUCUACACAACUUAUGCUUCACAAUUGAUUCUUCUAGGGAUUAUAAGCAUCAAUCCCAGCAACAGGUGCUGCCAUCAUUUUCAGAAGCGGACAAACAGCAGACUCAUCUUCAAUCACCAAACAGCCCAGGAGGCCAGCCCUUGCCCCCCAAAAAGCCCCGACCUUCCCAGCUCACCUUGCACACAGACCCUUCUACGUCUAGCCCUGCCAAAGACGACCAAGUGGUUCCCUGCUUUCAACGUCUAACCGUAUCUGACCGCAUCAGUCCUCCCCAGACGCCCAGCCGGGUCACUAAACCCCUUCCCCCAAUUCCCGGUUCAGCGGAACUUUCCCCGGAUCAGGCUGUGGACAGUGAAGUAGAGUUCUUCAACGGAGAUGACAAUCGCUGCCUGGUUCCCGAACCUUACUCUAAACCCUCUCCUUUCCGCUACGGAAUGCCCAGUAGGAGGAGUUUCAGGGGCUGUGGACAGAUUAACUAUGCCUACUUUGAAGGUCCAACAUCCCAGCAGAAGCAGCAGCCACAGUCACAGAAGCUGAGGCAGGAGCGGGAAACCCAACAGAGGGAACAGGAACUCCGCGACCAGCAACAACAACAGCAACAGCAACAACAGCAGCAGCAGCAGCAGCAGCAGCAGCAGCAGCAGAACUGUCUCAGACAGCAGGAACGUACACAAAGGAAGCUGCGGCGCUCGCAUUCCGGGCCUGCCGGCUGCUUUAACAAGCCCACCUCCUUCCGGCUGUCCAGUCACCACUGGAAUACACAAGGCCUGGAUAAACCGGAAGUUCCUCCGAGAGUUCCAAUCCCCCCACGACCAAUCAAACCCGGAGACUCCCGCCGCUGGUCAGCCGAAGUCUCAUCGGGAGCCAACAGCGACGAUGACCGACCUCCGAAAGUACCCCCUAGAGAACCUUUAUCCUCCAGUAGUUCCCGUACCCCGAGCCCAAAGAGCCUCCCAAUGUACCUCAACGGGAUCAUGCCACCUACGCAGAGCUUUGCCCCAGAUCCCAAAUACGUCAGUCGUGGCCUGCAGCGACAGAAUAGCGAAGGUUCUCCAUGCAUUCUGCCCGUCAUGGAGAACGGCCGGAAAGCCAGCAACACGCACUACUUCCUUUUGCCACAACGCCCGUCAUACCUGGACAAACAUGAGAAGUAUUUAAUGGACAGCACAGCGAGUCGAGGCAUGGAUGCCUCCGAUUUGAGUUCGGACUGGGACUGUCAAAGCAAAAGGAAAACGACGCACCAAAUAGACUUGGUAUGAAAUAAGCAAGCUAUCACUUGGGACACGUUUGUCCGAAGACUUUUUUUGCUGCUUUGUCGCAGUUUUGCUGUAGUGCUCGUAAAUUCGAGCGAGUUACGUAUGAAAUGCAGUUACUGGGAUUGGAAACUCGGAAACAGUUCUAACAGUUCUCUUAGAGCGAGCUCGGAAAUUGUUUUUUAUUUCAUUGUUAUGUGAAAUGUAAGUGUUGAAAUGAUAACAUGGUGCAGUUGUUUGGUAUUAGCUGGUCUGGUACCUCCAUACUUCAGUGUUGUAAAUUUUCGUAGUCUCAUUUUAUAUUGCAUUGAAGAUUAUUUUUAUGUCUUGGAACAUUGAGCACGUUCAUCUGAUCAUAGGGACAUAGGGUCAGUAAUGCUUCUGUACGUUUGUGUCGUCUACCAUAUAUGAAGUAUAAAAACGGCCUGGCUUUUUUUGCAGCCGGCAUUAUAAGUGAAGGUUUUUCCAUCUUUUUGCAUUGCAUGAAAUCUGACACAUGCACACUAUUUUGCAGUUCUUCUGUUGGACUAUUGCUCUCAGCCUUUGUCAGGACACUCUUUUGUGUGCUUUUAUGUGGCCUGUCUGUACAACUUGUAGUCUCGAGUGUGUGUGUGUGUGUUACAUAGGAACAGGCUAAGUAUUGCUUUUCUGUUCCGAGUUAAGUGUGUGAUUCGAGAGUUGAAUGUGUUACAUUUGCCCAAUUUUGGCACUGCUUUUAAGCUUUUAUAAGCUGCUUAAAAUGGCAGCUGAAAUGUUGCCCUCUGAAUGAACAGAGUAUUUCCGAUCCCUUGCUUCUCGCUAAGGUGUAGUGUGUUCUUUUGUUGCACAAAAAGCAAUACUUGUUAAACCUGUGAAUGUGUUUAUCUCCUUUUUUUUAAGUGCUGUCUCCACGUGAAGCUGUGAGCCAUUGUCUGGAAUAGGAUUUUCUCGAGUACUACCUCCCAUUGUAGUUCUAGUUCUUAAAUACCCAACUACGGAUUACAAAGACUCAACGAAUACAAUCUCCCUUGGCGCACACAAGCCCGUAUGAGGAAACAAUUGCCCCUGAUUUGUAUUUCUUUGUUUUGCCCAUUCAAAACAGUCAGUCAUUAACACUUCCUCAAUGAAAACGCAUCUUCGACCGAUUUUUUUUUUUUUUUUUUAAGAGCUAUGUGGAGUUAAAGUCCAUACGUGUUGCGUUUGGUCGAGCUCACACAUACUGAUCUUCCUGUUACUGUACGUGCAUUCCUGUUAGACAUGAUUACAAUGGGUGUGGGCACCAGAGACUUUGGCUGCUGGCAGCUGGUGAAUGAGAUGUUUUAUUGUUCUAUAUUGUUUCCAGAACCAUCGUGAUAACUCAGUAAAUGUAGCAAGUGCCAUGCAAUUUGAAAAAGAUGAGGAAAGUAAGACUAAAAACAUGCUGUUUGGGAGCUCUGAUGUCAACUACAACUUUCCACCUCACAAAGGGAUUUGAACUAAUUUUUUUUUACCCUUUAUUUGACCAGUUUGUGUAUCAGAAAAUGUUUACAUUGUUUGUAUUUUCCUUUCGCAGUCUUACCGAAAAAAAUGAAGGCAAGUUCAAGAAGAAAUAGACAUCUCUGCUGUGUUGUGUUUAUGUGUGUGUAUAUAUAUAUAUAUAUAUAUAUAUAUAAAUAUAUAUAAAGCAAAGUGCACUGAUAAAACAGUAUGUUGUGAUGUGUAAAAGUAUUUAACAUUGUCCUCUUACCCAAACUGAAUAGUUCUUAGUGUAUUGUAUCCUUUAAAGUAAUAGAAAUAAAUACUUAUUUAUGAAUCAA